AUGGCGCAUCGGACACACACUCGACCUUCCAUAAAGGGUCUUUCAGACCGCCACCAGCAAGACCGCAGCCCAUCGCACAACGCUGCCGCAGACAUCCACCGCUCUCACCAACGGUCUACCUCUCCAGACACAAUAUCAGGAAGCACACACCACUCUGAAGGCCGUGGUGGUGACCAAUCCGCCACAGAAGGUGCUGCCGACGACGAAGAUGACGAGGACGAUGACAGUAGUGCUGUAAAAGAUGACGAGUUGGAUGAUGAGACCGACACCGACGACGUCCCUGCUCGCCCCUUUGGCUACAGCAGGGGAGGAAAGGGAAAGGGCAAGCAGCCUGCUAUCCGCAUCGACCCUGUAGAUGACGACGAGUCUCACGCUGAAGACGAUGAGACCGCGUCCCACACAACCGGGCUGCGCCUUGUACCCAGCAAGCACCCCGUGAACCAACUACUAAUGAGUAAUAAGAAACGUACCUUUAGUAAUCUCUCAAGCACUUCAGUUCUCUUUGGCGAUGACUCGACCGAUCAAGAGUCAUUUCCCAGGCGCAAGAUUGCUCGCAAGCUGAGCAAUGCCGCCAGUGUCCCCCUGCUAACCUACACCGACAAUGAAGACGCGCAGACCAAUGACAACGCCAUUGAGACCGACGAUGAAGACUACAGUGGCGUCAAUCUCGUCCCUGAUGACGAUGAGUCUGACUUGGAGCUGAUGGAAAAGCAAGAAGAAAGCUACAUUCUGCAAGAAGAGCAGCAAGCUACUACCCUUCUCAAUGAGUAUCGUGAUGCUCGCCGCCUCAGCCUUGAUAGCUGCCUGAGCGACAACAUCUUCGACGUUACUGCCCCCUUAGAUGAUGCCUUUAUGGCGGGGCUUCCUGACUUUGGCUUCACUCCCUUCUUUGAGCCUGAAGCUGUCCCCGCAUCACCCGUCCCCAUGGCAAAGAGGAAGUUUUCAGAUGGCUCUGCCAAGCGUGUCCGCUUCGAUGACGAUGUUCCAAUGUCAGAUAGCUCUAGCUCAGAGUCAUCGGAGCUCGAUAGCAGCAUCUUUCCAGAUCUCUUCAUGGAUCAAGACAAGAUCCCGCCUAGCUUGCAUCAGCUGCUUGAGAUGGACAACGAUGAUGACAAUGGAGACAUGGCUUCUCCCCAGUCUGACAUUUCCUUCUGGGACUUUGAGCAGAAUGAGUCUCGUAUCACUCAGCUCGACAACUCGGAUGAGUCCGAGGGCGAGUCGAGCGAAUCUAGCGGCUAUGAAUCCGACAUGGGUGAUACCACUGACGAAGAAGAUUUUGAAAACGACAUUUUGCCACGCACUCCAACCCAAAACAAGUCUGUCCUGCACCGACCCUCUUCGGCACCUGGGUCCCGCGCAAGCACACCCAAGCCCUUUCAGCGAAGCGCGCGGCCCGUCGGUCGUCAGAUUCCCCCCACGCGUGGCAUCUUCAUUCACGACGAAACCGACCAGGCCAUUGCCGUCACUAACCGUGCCACCAAGGCCGUUAGCUUCUAUCGUCCUCGCACAGUGCUGAUCCCAUGGAUCCCUCUAACAGACUAUCACAGCAGUACUAGCAGCACGGUCAACAACAGCCCUAGGAACUCGGUUGCGCAAAUCAACAAUGCCUCUGACAGCGAGGUCAGCAACGAGGUCUUCAAUAACGGACUCAGCACCGACAUCAUGCUCUCGGGUAUCUUUGGGUCUGGUCCAAACGACUUUGUGUUUGGAAGUGAAAGCGUCGGUCCUCCCGAGGCUUUCUAUCCUUUCGUAAGCAUCUCUUCCAACGGCAACAUGGGCAUCGUUGACGAAGACGAGGAUGGUUCUUCGAGCGAUGAUUACGAGGAUGACAUCAACAUUACCGACUUUAUGGACUUUGGUUCUGACGGUGAUGAUACUGAUAUCGACGAAGAUGAGGAUGUCGACGACACUGAUGUGCCAGCAACUCCAGCAACCUCACAGGUGGCAAACCAUGGCUCGACUCCCGCUGCACCCUCGACUACCACUCCACAGACACGUAAGAGAACAACGUCAGAUGUCAUGCUCGAGCACUUUGAUCGCGGUGUCGUUACCGCCUUCCGUACCAACCAAAACCGAUACCGCGACGUAGCAUCCCUGCCGUCAGACCCAGCAGCUCGAGCUUCCGUCUCACGUCCAGUUCGCUCUGGAAAGUCGGCUGAGGCGUUGAUCACACCACUUCGCAAGCGUUCGCGUUCAAACAGAGUGGCCAAGUCACCUUUGAAAAACCACACCAACAUGAACCAGAGUUCGCCUCUAUCAGGCGUUACCAAGGCUACCGGAAGGCUGCAAAGCUCGGUCAUGGGCUCCUCUCGAGGACCGCCUCGCAUGGGACGCUUUUCUUGA